AUCCAAAACGAGUACUGUGUCUGACUGUAUCCUAUUUCAUUGUCAAUUUAACUUAAUUAUUAAUACCUCAUUAGUUUACACAACGUGAUCUUGCCUUACAAAACAAAAACACGAUGCAACGUGAACGUGUAUAGUCAUCAUAAAUAUGGCGUCACCUAAAGAUCGAAGUCCACGACAUUCAAUGGUCGAACAAGCUUGUCAUACGAGAAAACGUAAGCGUACCGAGGAAGGCAUUUCCAGACCGUUUGUAACACCUGCACCAUUUGCAGUCCCUUUUGAUGACGAUUGUGAAGGUGACGGCUAUGACCUUGAAAAACCUCUGGUGGUUGAAGAUAUUCUGUCUGGUAAAGUUAACAGACCAGUGAGGAUUUACAUGGAUGGAAUUUGUGAUCUGUUUCACAGUGGUCACUCAAAGGCAUUUUUGCAAGCCAAAAACAUGUUUGAAAAUGUGCACUUACUUGUCGGGUUGUGUAGUGAUGAAUUGACACAUAAAUACAAAGGUUUCACAGUUUUAUCAGACGAAGAAAGAUACGAUGCUGUCAGUCACUGUCGUUAUGUUGAUGAGAUUGUUCGCGACGCACCAUGGAUAGUGACUCCUGAACAUUUGAAGCGUUACAGGAUUGACUUUGUUGCUCAUGAUGAUCUACCUUACAAAUCCGCUGAUCAUGACGAUAUUUACAAGGAAAUAAAGGCGAUGGGCCGAUUUCUGCCGACCCAGCGUACGGAAGGUAUUUCAACAUCGGAUCUCAUUGCUCGCGUGAUUCGUAACUAUGACGACUAUGUAAGGCGAAAUUUGAAGAGGGGAUACACGAGAGAAGAAAUGAAUGUGAGCCUCAUCAAGGAAAAAGAACUAAAGGCCAAAGCAAAGCUGGGCCAGAUCAAAGAUAACAUCAUUCAAAAAUGGGAAGAAAAAUCACGCGAAAUCAUUGGUGGCUUUUUAGACAUGUUUGGUCGAGAUGGAACACUGAAAAAUUGGCUGGGUGACUCAUCCAUCAACAUGCAGACUGCCAUUUCUCGUGUACUUUCACCCUCGCCUACUCAUUCAGGAUCGGCAGAUGAAUUCAAGUACAGUCCGGAGAUCAGCGGUGAUGAAUCCGACGAGGAAAUGAUAACUGCAAAAAGACAACUUCAAGAAGAUAUAGACAGCGAUGAAGGUCGUCCAUCUAGUCCAAAGACAGGUCUUUAUUAGCACCUUUGAUUUACGGCAAAUUUUUGUGUUUCAACUUACGUGUAAAAUAUGAUUUUACUGGGAUAUAUGAUUAAAUGCAUCAUUUUGAAAUCAA